AUCGAUCCUCCUGACUCUGGAUUGCAUUGAAGCCACCUGACCUGCAUAAAUACUGAGUGACAAGCGCCGUCCGCUUCACAAGCGUCAUUGAUUUGGAUCACUGAGUUGUCAUCAUGAGGGUCUUAGCUGUAAUCCUUGGGCUGGCUGUCCUAUCAGGCUGCCAUGCCAGAAGCGUGGCUCAGGAGGGUUGGAAGAAACCCUGGGAGGAAGCGGUCGACAAGUUCAACGAUUACUUCGCCGACCUGAACUCGCAGGCCGACGAAGUGGUGCAGGCCAUCAAGAGCUCGCAGAUCAGCCGAGAACUGGACACCCUGAUCCAGGACAGCAUGUCCGAGCUGGCCAUGUACAAGGACGACCUGCAGACCAAGCUGGCGCCUUACACCCAGGACUCUGCACAGAACCUGGGCCGGGACCUGCAGAAGCUGACCAACAAGCUGGGCAAUCACAUGAGCGAGGCCCGGGAGCAGAUGGCCAAGUACAGCCAGGAGCUGCAGACCAUGAUGGAGCAGAACGCCGACGACGUCAGGGUCAGGGUCUCGGCCUACACCCGCAAGAUGAAGAAGCGCCUCAACAAGGACACGCAGGACAUCAAGAGACACGUUGCAGACUUCUUUGAGGAGGUCCAAUCCAGGAGCUCAAACAACAUGGAGGACGUGAGGUCGCGCUUGGACCCCUACUUUGCUCAGGUGCGUGACAACGCCCAGGCCAAGGUCACCACCCUGAACAAUCUACUGAAGUCGCAGGCAGAGAACGUGAAGGACAAGAUUCAGACCACGGCCCAGGACAUCAAGGAGCGGUUUGAGAAGACUGCAGAAGACCUGCGAUCCACCCUGGAGGACAAGAUGGAGGAGCUGAAGAGCUGGUUUUCAGCCCAGACUCAAUAAUCAGCAGUAACAUGUGCAACCUGUAAUAAGUCUGUUUAAUCGUCCCGCUAACUUCCGGAAACUGUUUCAUCACUCAACAUACUCUGUAUGUGUCCAAAGACCCUUCAAUAAAACAAUAAAAGAGA